AUGAUCUUGCAGCGCGCUUAUGAGGACGCAGAGUUCUACAACUGCAUUUUGGAGGUACGAAAGAACCCCACGCCGGCAACGCUCGAAAAGUGGAUCAACCAUCCCACACUUGGGCCGCUGGUGGAGGAGAUUUUUCAGGCAAUUAAGAGCAAGAGCAUGGGGCAGCAGUAG